GCCGCGGCCGGGGCCCGACAACCAGCGGCAUUUCGGUGCGGGGCGGCCCCGGAGCCGCCCCUUUGUUCGCGGGGCGGUGGGGCCGGGCUGUGCCCGCAGCGCCCGGCAUCCUCCUUCCUCCUCCUCCUCCUUCUUCUUCCUCCCCCUCCUCCAAUCAUCGCAGCUCCCUCCGGCGCGCAGGGAGUGGCACGGCGGCCGCCCGGCAGGGCUGCGGGCUGCGGGAGGUCUGUGGCGAUGGAAGAACAGACCCAGCAUCGAGGAGCCUGAGCACUGACAGCAGGACAGCACUUGGAGACACUGGUAGCACCAACCCGAGAUACAGAGGCAGCAGCCAUGCUGAAGCCAAGUGGACUUAAAAUCCCUGGCAGGGCAGGGAAGCACUCCAGCCCAGUGGGACGGGCAUCAGGGACGGCAGCAGCGACCGUCACCACUGGUACAAAGGAAGGCUCGCCUCUUCACAAGCAAAGUGCCACCUCCACCUCCAGCGCCGACAAGUCGGGAUCGAAGGCCGCCGAGGUGGGCGAUGACUUCCUGGGAGACUUUGUGGUGGGCGAACGCGUCUGGGUGAACGGAGUGAAGCCGGGAGUGAUCCAAUACCUUGGGGAGACACAAUUUGCUCCGGGCCAGUGGGCGGGGGUCGUGCUGGAUGACCCCGUGGGUAAGAACGAUGGCUCCGUCGGAGGCGUGCGCUACUUCGAGUGCCAACCGCUGCAGGGCAUUUUCACGCGGCCGUCCAAGCUGACGCGGCAGCCCGUGGCUGAGGGCUCUGGGAGCGACGUCCCCUCCGUGGAUUCGCUUACAGCUCAGAACUUGUCCCUGCACUCGGGGACGGCCACGCCGCCGCUCUCCACUCGCGUCAUCCCCCUGCGGGAGAGCGUCCUCAACAGCGCCAUGAAGACGGGCAACGAGUCGGGAUCCAACCUGUCGGACAGCGGGUCUGUGAAGAAAGGGGAGAAGGACCUGCGGCUCGGAGACCGCGUGCUGGUCGGUGGGACGAAGACGGGAGUUGUGCGCUACGUGGGAGAGACAGACUUUGCCAAAGGAGAGUGGUGUGGCGUGGAGCUGGAUGAGCCCCUGGGGAAGAACGAUGGGGCUGUGGCUGGAACAAGGUAUUUUCAGUGCCCUCCCAAGUUUGGCCUCUUUGCUCCCAUCCACAAGGUGAUUCGGAUUGGGUUUCCAUCAACCAGCCCUGCCAAGGCGAAGAAGAGCAAGCGGAUGGCCAUGGGAGUGUCUGCCCUCACCCACAGCCCCAGCAGCUCUUCCAUCAGCUCCGUCAGCUCCGUGGCUUCCUCUGUUGGGGGCAGACCUAGCCGCAGUGGGCUGCUGACAGAGACCUCCUCUCGUUACGCCCGUAAGAUCUCUGGCACCACGGCUCUCCAGGAGGCUCUGAAGGAGAAGCAGCAGCACAUUGAGCAGCUGCUGGCAGAGCGUGACCUGGAGCGGGCCGAGGUGGCCAAGGCCACCAGCCACAUCUGUGAGGUGGAGAAGGAGAUCGCCAUCAUGAAGGCCCAACAUGAGCAGUAUGUCACAGAGGCAGAGGGGAAUCUGCAGCGAGCACGAGCACUGGUGGAUGGGAUGCAGAAGGAGAAGAUUGAACUGCUGAACCAACUGGAAGAGGAGAAGAGGAAAGUGGAGGACUUGCAGUUCCGUGUGGAAGAAGAAUCCAUUACCAAGGGGGAUUUGGAGACUCAGACGCAGUUGGAGCAUGCCCGAAUACGGGAGCUCGAGCAGAGCCUGCUGUUUGAGAAGGCACAGGCUGAGAAACUCCUCAGAGAAUUAGAGGACACCAGGCUGACCACGGUGGCAGAGCAGUCCCGGAUCCUGCAGCUGGAGGAGGAGCUGAGCCUGCGGCGCAGUGAGGUGGAUGAGCUGCGGCAGUGCUUGCGGAGCUCACACCAGGCAGAGACCCCCGAGCACAGCCUUGGCUUGCAGUCUGAGGCACUUCGUCUGCGGGAUCAGCUGCUGUCUGCCAACAAGGAGCACCAGAAGGAGAGCAGCCAGCUGAAGGAGAAGUAUGAGAAGACGUUAAAGAAGUACCAGCAGGAGAUGGAGAAGCUGAAAGCCGUCAAUGAGAAGUAUUCGCAAGAAAUCGUUGACUUAAAGCAUAAGGUUCAGCAGGCCACCAAUGAGAACAUGGGGCUGAUGGACAACUGGAAGUCCAAGCUGGACACGUUAGCUUCUGACCACCAGAAGUCUCUGGAGGACCUCAAAGCCACGUUGAACACGGGCCCUGACACCCAGCACAAGGAGAUCGUGGAGCUGAAGGCGGUGGUGGAGAGCAUCAAGAUGGAACACCAGCUGGAGCUGGAGAACCUGAAGGCAAAGCAUGACAUCGAGACGGCUGUUCACAUAAAGGAGAAAGAGAGCCUCAAGCUGAAGCUGCAGGAGGCUGUGGAUGAAGUGGAAAAAAGUAACAGCAACUGGAAAAUGCAACUGGAAACCAAAAGCAAUCAGCACCUUCUUGAGCUCCAGGAUGUGAAGGACAAGUGUCGGGAUGCUGAGCUGAGGGUGCAUGAACUGGAGAAACUUCACAGCGAAUACAAAGACCAGACACAAGCAAUAGCUUUCUUGAAAGAGCAGAUUUCUUUAGCUGAGAAGAAGAUGUUGGACUAUGAAACGCUACAGAAAACAGAAGCCCAGAGCAAACAGGAGAUCCACAGAUUGCAGGAAAAAGUGCUUGUCUUAGAGAACAAGCUGCAGUCCAUGGAAGCCUUACAUCCUUCUCAGCAUGCAAAUAUGAUUGAAACUAAUGAUAUUUCAGAAGAGAAGAUAAGGAUGAAGCAGACCAUGGAAGACCUUCAAGACAAACUGAGUAAAAGAGACAAAGAGGUGUCAUCGCUGGUGUCCCAGACUGAAGCCCUAAGGGCCCAAGUAAGUGCUUUGGAAAACAAAUGCAAAACCAUGGAAAAGAAGGCAGAUUCGGUGUUAAAAGAGAAGAAGAGGCUGGAAGGGGAGCUGGAAGCCUUGACCAAGAAAACACACGACGCAUCGGGGCAACUGGUCCUGAUCAGCCAGGAGCUGCUCAAGAAGGAAAGGAGCCUGAAUGAGCUCAGAGCGCUGCUGCUGGAGGCGAACCGGCACUCACCUGGGCCUGAGCGCGACCUGAGCCGGGAGGUGCACAAGGCCGAGUGGAGGCUGAAGGAGCAGAAGCUCAAAGAUGACAUCAAAGGGCUGAGAGAGAAGCUGGUUGUGCUGGACAAGGAGAAGGCAGUGACGGACCAGAGGCGGUACUCCCUGAUCGACCCCUCGUCGGAGUCGGAGGUGAUCCGGCUGCAGCACCGCCUGGUCAGCACUGAGGACGUGCUGCGCAACGCACUGGAGCAGGGCCACCAGAUGGAGAAGCUGAUGGAAGCCAUGAGGCUUUCCUCGGAGAAGACACAGCCUGUUGGAAAUUCCGGGUCUGCUAAUGGGAUUCACCAGCAGGAUAAAUCCCACAAGCAAGAGGAGAAGCUCUGAUAGAGAAGAGGUGAAGAGGAUCAUUUCAUGCCAGUAUCAGCUCCUGUGCACAGUCAGGAAAAACAAUACCACAUCUGGCUUUAGCACCUCCAAAAGACUAGACACAGUAUUUUCACUUUAAAGAAGGACAGUGUUUGUUAUGUACUAACGGAUGUAAUCGGGACAGUCCUGGAGCCCAGUUUUCCAAGACAGCUGUUGUUCCAGGAGGGAGCAGAAAGAUCUCUCUGGGUUUGGUUUCUUACCUGUAUUGGUUUUGACUGUGGAAUUUGUGUUGCUUGAGCUGCCCUUGUCCCACCAGCAGUCUGAAUGAUGGCUGCACCCGAUGGUAGCUGAGGUGUCAGUGAGUCCCAGCAGCUGCAAAGGGAUUUGCUCACGGUGUUGGACACCAAAGCACGUCCUGAGGCUGCACGCUGCCCACACGGUCUGCCCCUUCCCUCCCACUCACCCCAAAGACCUGCACAGUGAAACCUGCUGGGCUGGUGGCUCACUGGGACGCGUAGGCUGAGGGAGAUGGGGUGUGCGUGUUUCCUUCCUUGCCUUGUAGAAGACACAUCUGGUUCUGCAGCCUGGAGGCCUCACUUGGUACUUGUAUCAUAGCGUGUCGUGCGAGAUGGUCUGAUUUCAGAGGGGUUAUUUAUUUUGUUUCUCACCCGCUGCAGUGUGGGGAAGGAGCGCUGGUGUGUCCCUGCAGAGCAUCGGGCAGGGCUGCUCUCCUGGUCUGCUGUGUCUGUAUGGGAGGGCUUCGGAGCACCAGACCCAGACAGCAGCUCACUGCUGGGAGCACUCAUGCAGUAGGGGCUGUCUGCAUUUGAUGGCUACAGAAAUCCUGUGUGUGACACGAACGGAAGCAAUUGGAGCAGAAGGAAUCCAAGGCGAGAGCCCACACGGCUCUCCUGUCUGUGCAGGGCAGUGCAGGCUCAGGCAAGCACCCAAAUUUGCAUCUGGAAUCCUGAGUGCUCAGAGCAGCAGGUGGGUGCUGCUGUGUCCUGCUGUGGCUGUGGUGCUGGCUGGCAAAGGAGGCACACAGUUUGCUUGGUUGGUUGUUCCUUCUGCUGGAGGCUUUGCUCCUCUCUCCAUCUUUGCAGCAGAGCUCCCAGGGACAUCAGGAUGCGUGCAGUAAGGGGAGAAUGUGCUUUUAAAGGGGCUCCUGUGAAAGAGGGCAGGAUAGAAAAGGGCACUGGGAGAGAUCUGAGCCAGGCCAUGGGCAGAUGAACGUCACUGCAUGUCAACUUCAUUCCUUUCUGCCCUCGUUUCCUAUGAAAUUGUGCAAUUUUUGUUAGCGGGUUGCCAGGUUGAUGUAAUGCUGGACCCUGCUCGCUGGUUGCAGGGUUGAUGAGUUCUCCUUCUGUUCAAAGGGAGCAGGAGAGGAGGAGGAGGUGACUUCAGGGAGUGCAGCAAGUCAGCAAACACAGCCACGUCUGGCUUAAGGAGGGGCAUGGGAUCCAUUGGCUGGAAAUGAUGCUGGUGGGAUCCCAUCCUGCCCGGUGGAAGCAUUUAAUCAGUUCAUACCACCAGGGGGAUUACCACCAACCUGCCUAGCACUGGGACUUUCCAGGGGACCAAAAUCCUGGUUGGUGUAUUCCAUUGCUCAGGAAAAUCCCAGGGACAGCAUUCCUUGUUCCAGCUUGCAGCAGCCAAUGCCUCAGUGCUGUUCCUGAGAAUUCAGGGUUGGUGUUCCCCAAAGUUCUCCUGAAGUCCCCACAGCAGCUCCUGGUGCAGGCGGACCAGCCCCAUUCUUUCGUUACUUAUAUUUUCCUUGAUGGGUUUUUCAGUGACUUCCUCUGUAGGUGAAAGAUUGCUUGAGUUUCCCUCUUCCCUCGAUGAACUCCUGCUGUGCACAGGGCAGGAUCCCCAGGAGUGAUUAUGGGGAGCAGGCUCCAUUAAUUCAUCACUGCUGCAGCUUCUCCAAGGCAGCAGCAGGGGGGGGGCAGAGGUGGCCUAAAGUGAAUGCUGCUGGUCUUCCCUGGCUGUAUGUAGCUGUGCUGCCCCGUGCAGCCCAGCCAGGAGCUUGGGGCUCUCCUGGGCCCUGCAUUGUGGCCGUGCUGACAUGGGCAGCAGGGUGUAACUUUGGUCCUGGGGUGCAGGUCUGUGGGAGCUGCUCGCUGGGCACGGGACGUGCUGUCACACAUCUGGGUUCCAUCUCAGCGCUCAGAGGUGGCUGGGACCGAGGUGGGACCUCUGCUGGGACCUCCAGGGGUGGGCAGAGUCCAAACCAGGGACACGCUGGGAAAGGGCAAGGAGGACGUUCCCCAGCCCCUCUAUUUAUUUGUAAGUUUAAUUGCUAUUUUUGCCUCUAUGUGGUGGUGUAUAAAGUAUUUCACAAUAUUCGGUCUUACUGGCUUCGUUCUUUGGGGGAGAUGUCCAAGGGCAUCGCAGCACGGACGCACCCAUCCCUUGUUGUUGGCCAGGGACCGGCUCUGUUUGUGCCUUUACUCCAUCCCCAGCCCCGAGGGCGGUGCGGGGGCUGCGUCCCACCUCGCUCCCACCCUGCUGAGUGAUGGGCUUCUGCUGAAGGCUGAGACAUUGUCAGGUACACCACGUCUCUGUUUGGUGACUCCUUCUCUCUAACCCUCUCGACCAAAGGGAAAAUGGGUCAAUCAGUGUUGGGUGAGUUCAGCUUUAUCCCUCCUGCAGUACCCGAGCUGAGGGAUGGGUGCUGAGGCUCUGUGCCGUUGCCUCCCCCCUCUGCCUUGCAGUAGAGAUGCAUGAGGGUUUUGUUAUAACAAGAAGAUGCAAAUGACACUGUAGAAGUCUUAACAGAAAUUCCAGUACUCUGUUGUUCUGCAGCUUUAGCAGCUCAGCACUAUCUUGUAGGGAAUGAUUAAUACACUAAGAUCCUAUAGGCCUCAUGUAAGUUACCAGAAUAAAGAUGUUACUAGAUGUAUAAAUGGAUGAUAACCUUUUACCCGUACAGUAUGUAUGACAAUUUUGUAGAUUAGUCAUUUUUUGGCUAUCAGAUUUUGUUAGUAUGAUAUAUAUAUAUAAAAAAAAAAAGACAAAAAAAAAAAAGGUUUGACUGCUAAUGUCUAUUUUGUUAUUUGAUUCAUUUUAUUUCUUCUGUACAAAAGCUGUACAAAUCUCAGUCUGUGUAACUCCUCCCCAUCUGUAUCCAUGUACAACCCCCCCUCCCCCCCCACCCCCCCCCUCUUGGCUUGCUGCUGUUGGUGAGCUCAUUACUAAACAAUAAAAUCUGUGGCUGAAGUUGGGCCCCGGUGCUGCUGUCCCUGCCCCAGCAGCCCAGGGCCCCUGAGGCUUUGUUUCUUCCCAGUGUCCUUACCCUGGGCAUGGAGUGUUGGGGUCUCCCUUAAGAGUUGCAUUUGGGCUGCAGGGUCCCUUGGUCAUCCUGUUGCUUGCUUCUUGCUCAGGGACCGAUGGAAUCCAGCAACUGUUGGCUUUGCUGGUUCCCAGUGCUUGAAAGGAGAACAGUUCUGGGGUGUUGACCCCUGUGAUAUGCUCAUUGCCUCUGCCAUUGAGAAGGCUGGGGGGAGAGCUGAUAGCAGCCUUUCAGUAUCUGAAGGGGGGCUGCAAGAAAGAAGGGAGGAGGCUCUUUAGUGGGGUCUGCUGUGACAAGACAAGGGGAAAUGGUUUCAAACUAAAAGGGGGCAGAUUCAGACUGAAUAUAAGAAAGAGGGUAGUGAACCUGGAACAGAUGUUGGGGUUGUUGUUGCGGUGGAUGCCCCAACCUUGGAGACAUGCGAGGUUUUGAGGUCAGCCCACUCAUUGCAGGGAGGUUGGGUUGGAUGACCAACACAAAUCAUGCUGUGAUUCUAUAAAAUCAUUUACAGGAUGAUGGGGAUGCAGCCAAAGCCCUGGCCCUCACUGAGUGUCCAUCUGGGUGCCUCCGUCAGGAUGGCACCCCAAACCUGGGUGUGUUUGCCAUGCAUUUUGCCUUCAUGGGCUGCUGCUCUCAGCUCUGCUCUGGGCACCCGGGCCCUGCUCAGGGUUUUGCUCUUGUGUAGCCCUGCUGUGCAGUUCAUCACUGACUCUGCAAUCAGGUGCCCAAACCCCUGCUAUCUCCUGGAGAUAACACCGCAGCACGCGCCUUUGUUUGCAGACAUAACAUUUCAGUGCCGUUAAUCGUUCAGCAAAGAUUAAUAAAACAUGAAGUUUAAAGAUGCCUAAAUCACAGUGGGGGAGCUGGUAAUCUCUGCCAACAAUAAUAUUUGCACUUUAUUUUCCUCCUCCCGUGGAGCCGAGGAGCGGAGCACCGCGAGCGCACAGCGGGAUGGGGUGGUGAUAUGGGUUCAGCCCUGGGGAGGGAGGGGGAAGAGAAGGGGGAUUGGUGACCCUUAAAUGGGGACACAUAGAGAGGAUUUCUCGAUGUGGAUGCAUCCCAAAAGAUGCGGCUUGCCAUGGGGUACGUCCCUAUGGGGUUGUCUCCUUGAGAAGGGAUGGAUGAACCGUGUGUAAGAAGGGCACCCAUUGCCCAUCCACAAUGCAAUUCUGCAUCUGGGAGCUGUCUUGGUGCUGAAUGGCACCAGGAACAAACUUCUUCCAUCACAAGGGUAUAUCUUCCCCACCUCUAUCCUGUCUAACAAGCAUCCUUGUCAAAAUAGCUUAUUUCCUUCCAGAACAAAAAGUCACCUGAAUACAUUUGGAAGCUGUGUUGCACUAUCGGAAUAAUCAGAAUUUAAUUUGAUGCAGUCGAGGCUCUAAAAAGAUGUUAUCAAGGGGAACAUCAAAGCUGGAUUCCUGCACUUGGAAAUGCAGCUGGAAUGCUUAGUCCAGAUCUCUCGUUUUAUCAGAGGCUUUCAAAAAAAUCAGUCUAAAUAACAAAAAAAAAAAAAAGAAAGAAAAAAAAGAAAAAAAAAGAAUAUUGAGAGUAUUUGCAAAUUAAUGUCUUUUGUAGCUGAACAAAGGCCACUGUCUAACCUACUUCUUUUGCAUGUCUGGGACGGUCUCUUAUUAAAUCCUAAUUAUACAA